AGGCCCCGCGCCCUCAGUGUCCCCGCCGCCGGUCCGACAUGCUGUCCGACUGCCUGUCGGCCGAGGGCGAGCGGCGCUGCCGCCGGCUGCUGGCGGGGGCCACGGCCCGGCUACGUGCGCGGCCCGCGGCGGCCGCGGUGCUCGUGCCCCUGUGCUCGGUGCGCGGGGUCCCGGCGCUGCUCUACACGCUGCGGUCCAGCCGCCUGACCGGGAGGCACCGGGGCGACGUCAGUUUCCCAGGCGGCAAGUGUGACCCGGCUGAUAAGGACGUGGUGCACACAGCCCUGCGGGAGACGCGCGAAGAGCUGGGACUGGCAGUGCCCCCCGAGCACGUGUGGGGUGUCCUGCAACCCGUGCACGACCGGCAGAAGGCGACAGUGGUGCCCGUGCUGGCUGGCGUGGGUCCCCUGGAUCUGCAGAGCCUUACCCCCAGCCCUGACGAGGUGGAUGAGGUGUUUGCACUGCCCCUGGCCCACCUGCUGCAGACCCAGAAUCAGGGCUACACCCACUUCUGCCAGGGCGGCCACUUCCGCUACACCCUGCCGGUCUUCCUGCACGGGCCACACCGCGUGUGGGGCCUCACGGCGAUCAUCACCGAAUUCACCCUGCAGCUGCUCGCGCCCGGCGCUUACCAGCCCCGCCUGGCAGGCUCCCGGCUGCCAGGGGGCUAAAGCACCUGGUCCCCCAACUGGGCCUGCUGUGCACUGGGGCGGAAUAAAUGGCCUCUGAGCACUC